AUGCUCCCGGAUAGUCCAUGCCCUCGCGCUGCUCUAGCUCUUUCCGACCUACAACCACAAACUGGUGCCUCAACGUUUGCUGUUGGUACUGGCUCUGGGAACUGGUCUACUCAUGGGGUAGGAGGAGUCGGAGGAGAUGCUUCUUUCGACAAUCAUGGAAAUGGCGGUUUAUUCGGGGGAAACAGACAAAACGACCGCCCAUUCGAUUCCUUUUCAAACUCAGGAUUCUUCGAUAAUAAAGGCUGUGGUUGCACGUCUUAUCCAACUGUUCUCACAUUAUCUCUUCUCAUCAUAUGUGUAUCCCCUAUUGUUCGUGGUGACGUAAAAUUGCCUGAGUGCCAUUCUUUACCGAAAGUAUUAUGCUGUACUGAACGUGUUUUAGAGAAAUGUUUAUCCGGAUGCAUCGAUUAUGUUAUGGAGAAAUGUCCACAUAAACUUGAUAAAUAUGAAACUAUUGAAGAUAAAGAGCAAAAAGAUGACAAGAAAUCUGAGCUUGUAAAACAGAAGUUCAAUGUUCGUGGUACCUUGCCUCUGGCUGAAUCUCCAGCUACUGAGAAAUUUGUUGAUCAGGAGAUCCGCCGUGCACCAUCAAGUGGCGAUGCAAAAACACUGUCUCACGAGUUUCCAAUAACUGAAAUAUCCGACUCAGAUUUGACAUCGGAAUGUGGAACAGAACGCAGCCGUCCUCCCUACUCACCCUGUCUUUCACGAAAAACCGUAGAUGACCUUUUCUUAUCUUGCUGCCAGCAACAUGUUCCUGCAAGCUGCCAUUCAUUGUGCACAUACGAGCACCGUGAACAUGUAGCCGCGGAAACUUUGAUCGCUGCUGUUCAACAAGAUGGAUGUGACUUGAAGUAUCUGUCAAAUAUUCUUUAUUGUGCUAAUCAGAAUCGUGAUAAUCGGCCUUGUUGUGAAUUCCUCGGCAUGUCUAACUCAGAUCUGGGCGUUGGAGAUAGGUGUUUGCGCAUGUGUAACGUCGCCCCAUCCGGUGAUCGUAUCAACUCAGUUGAGAAGAACGACCUCGUAUGUCUAUCGAACUGGAAUGUCGUUAUGUACUGUGCACGAAGUGGACUGCGUACCAUCAAUUAA